AUGGCCAACAUCCCUCAUGGCGGAAUUUUGAAGGACCUUGUUUCACGAGAUGAGCCAAUAUCAGGGCAGCUCAAGGACGAGGCUGCGACGCUCAAGGACAUUGUUCUCACCGAGCGUCAACUCUGUGAUCUCGAGCUAAUUAUAAAUGGCGGCUUUAGUCCAUUGGAAGGCUUCAUGAACGAAGCUGACUAUACAAGCGUCGUCGACACUUUACGACUAUCUGAUGGCACACUCUUUUCAAUGCCUGUCACCCUUGACGUGUCUUCGGCCGAUGUCGAGCGUCUCAGCAUAGUGCCUGGCGCUCGCAUUGCUCUUCGAGAUCCUCGUGAUGACGAACCACUUGCAAUCAUCACCGUCGAUGAUGUUUACGCCUAUGAUCGCGUCAAGGAGGCUAUUCAUGUUUUCGGUGCCGAUGAUCCAGCACACCCUUCCGUCGCAUACCUCCGCAACCGCGUCAAGCCUUUCUAUGUAGGAGGAAAGGUGCAAGCCAUACAGGCGCCCUCGCACUUUGAUUAUGUUGCUCUCCGAUAUACCCCUGCUGAACUCCGUGCCCACUUUAAAAAACUUGCAUGGCGCAGAGUCGUCGCUUUCCAGACCCGGAACCCAAUGCACCGUGCUCACCGUGAACUCACAGUCCGCGCUGCCCGCCAACAUCAGGCAAACGUCCUAAUCCACCCUGUCGUCGGUCUUACAAAGCCAGGAGAUGUCGAUCACUAUACCCGUGUCCGCGUAUAUGAAGCCAUCAUGGCCAAGUACCCAAAUGGAAUGGGUCAGCUUGCGCUCCUCCCUCUCGCAAUGCGCAUGGCAGGUCCCCGUGAGGCAGUAUGGCACGCAAUCAUCCGAAAGAACUUUGGUGCAACGCAUUUCAUCGUCGGUCGCGACCAUGCUGGACCAGGAAAGAACUCACAAGGCAAAGAUUUCUACGGUCCAUAUGACGCACAAGAACUUGUUGAGAAGUACAAGGAUGAGCUGGAAAUAAAAAUGGUUCCAUUCCAACAGAUGACAUACCUCCCCUCCACCGACGAGUAUCAACCGGUGGACGAAAUACCUGCUGGAGCGCAGACUCUGGAUAUCUCUGGCACGGAGCUGCGGAGGCGACUAAAAUCAGGGGCCCAUAUCCCUGACUGGUUCAGUUACGAGGCUGUGGUGACGAGGCUGCGAGAAAGUUAUCCGCCAAGGAACAAACAGGGCUUUGUUCUCUGUCUCACUGGAUUCUACAACUCUGGAAAGGACAUCAUUGCAAAGGCCCUCCAAGUCGCACUCAACGAACAAGGUGGUCGCAGCGUAUCCCUUCUCCUGGGCGAGACCGUACGAGACGACAACGCCAAGUUGGGCUUCACACCGGACGAGCGUCACGAGAACUUGCAACGCAUAUCCUUCGUAGCAGGCGAACUCGCUCGCGCGGGGGCGGCUGUCAUCGCUUCACCUAUAGCCCCUGAAGAACGGUCACGAGCGUUGGUGAAGGAUACCAUUCUUCAGAAUGGCGGUGCGGGAGGAAACUUUUUCCUGAUUCAUGUUGCGACGCCUGUCGAACAUUGCGAGCGCACUGACCGCAAAGGCGUUUAUGCUCAAGCGCGUCGCGGAGAGAUAAGGGGUUUCGUUGGUGUUGACACCGAGUAUGAGGUGCCCAAGAAAGCAGAUCUGGUUGUGGACGUGACCACACAGAGUAUACCUUCCAUCGUACACAGUAUCGUUCUCUUGCUUGAGACAACUUCGCUUAUAUGA